AUGCCUUCAUUGGAUCCGGUUCCGGCUAGAAAAAAUGAACAGGUCGAGGUGAAUUCCGACGAUGAAGCGGACCCAGAGCUGGUAGAGCUUCUCCGCCAGCAUCUCGGACUGGGUGGCGGAAAAGCCAAAGAUGUGCCCCCAGAGACAAAGGUGCUUGAGGCUGCUCAAUACGUCUUUGAUAAUGCGAUUGAUGUUGCUGUCAGCCGCGAGUUCACCCAAGAAGCCGCCGAGACAAUCUGGCGUCUCAUGCAGAAGAAAGAGUACUCCACGCAGACUUGGUCGGAGCAUGAGUUGCAUCCUCAAGCCAAAGAUGAGAGCACUGUUGAUUUUAUCUUUACGAUGGAUUUGCUGAAUUUCAGCUUCUGGUCUGCAGAAGAGGAAGCACCAAAGCGUUUCUGCAUCGAGUACCGUGGCAAGCUGUGGACUGGAUAUUGGAGCCUGGUUGCUGCCCUGCAAAGGGCCCUGGAAGAAGAUAUCCCUAUCACAACCCCUGAUUUCUGGGUGGAUGAAGAAAAGUGCACCGAAGAAGUGCUCCGACAUGUAUUCAGAUCCGCGACAGAUGAGGAGAUCCCCAUGUUCAAAGAGAGAAUGCAAUGUCUCCGCGAGGCAGGCGAAGUUCUUUGCGAGGAAUUUGGUGGAAGCUUUGCCAAUUGCAUUGACAGUGCAAAUCUUUCAGCUGCAGGACUGGUCAAUCUCGUGACAGAGAGCUUUUCGUGUUUCCGUGACGAGACAAUUUACAACGGGAGACGCAUUCGACUCUAUAAGCGCGCUCAGAUUCUGGUUGCUGACCUGUGGGCUUGUUUCAACGGCGAGGACUUCGGUGAAUUCCAUGAUAUCGACAAGAUCACCAUGUUUGCAGACUACCGCAUUCCACAGAUGCUACACCAACUGAACUGCAUCCGCUAUGCACCCAAACUAGAGAGCCACAUACGUGACUUGAAGCCCAUUGAAUCAGGCUCUAAUUGGGAAGUUGAACUUCGGGGCACGAGUAUCUGGUGCGUGGAAUUGAUCAAAAGGGAGAUCGAGCGACGGCACCCUGAGGUCAAGAUGAGCUGCAAAGCUCCUCCUGCCCAAGCUGCCUCAAACAAAAAUAAAAACGAGGAGAAUGAGGACGGAGAAACCCAGGCAAUUGAGAAGACUGGGAAUGACGAAAAGCCGAAAAGAACAUAUGGUAUUAACGCCAUCCUUAUUGAUUUCUUCUUGUACGACACGAUGAAGAACCUCGAGGCGGAACAUAAUGAGUCGAUUCCCCACCACCGGACAAGGAGCAUUUGGUAUUAG